CCUCCUCCUCCUCCUCCUCUUUCCCCCUCAAACCAUGAGGCGACCUCUUUCCAACUGGGGCACCUGAAACCCUUGGCCGGAGCGCGCGCUUUCCCCUCACUUUCCCCUCAGCAUCUUCUUCCCUCACCUGCCCCCUUUCUUUACAGUUGUAAUUAUUUUUAUUUGCCUCCCUCCAACAACAACAACAAACAACAACAACAACAAAACCUCCCCGUCGGCUUCCUCUUCCCGCCUUGAACCCCCCCCCCCCCUCUUUUCCCCCUUUAUUUUAUUUCCUGGCUCCUUCUUUCCUUCCCAAGAAGUGUGAGGGAAGAAGAGGAAGAGGAAGAAGAAGAAGUGGGGUUCCAGUCGUCCUCCCCCUUGGAUUGCCUUGGGAUUUGUGUGCCCCUCAGGAAGAGGCAGCAGAGGCAGCCGAGGGCGAAGGGCGAUGGUGGGGCUGAGGAUGCUCCCGCGGCAGCUGCUGCUGGUCUCCCUGCUGCUCCUGGGCUGCUGCUUCUUCUUCUUCGAAGGCGAGGCCAAGUUUGGGGAGAGCAGCGGCGCCAAGAAGCGGAGGUGCCUCAACGGCAGCCCUCCCCGGCGCCUCAAGAAGCGGGACCGGAGGCUCUUGCUCCUGGAGCCUCCCCAGGGAGGGGAGCUCCUCUGCCGGGGCUUCUACCCUCGCCUCUCCUGCUGCCCCAGGGCCCCGGGCCCCGGCCUCCUCCAGGUGGAGAACAACAAGAUCUUUUCUGUUACCAACAAUACUGAGUGUGUGAAGCUGCUCCAGGAAAUCAAAUGUGCACACUGUUCACCAAAUGCUCAUAAUCUGUUCCACACAACUGAGAAGGAAGCAUUGGAAAAAGAGCUAGUCCUUCCUUUCCUGUGUAAGGAUUAUUGUAAAGAAUUCUAUUACACUUGCCGAGGUCACCUACCAGGUUUCCUUCAAACUACAGCAGAUGACUUUUGUUUCUACUAUACAAGAAAAGACAGUGGGUUGUGCUUUCCAGAUUUCCCAAGAAAGCAAGUUCGAGGACCAGCUUCUAACUAUUUGGACCAGAUGGAAGAAUAUGGCAAAGGAGAAGAUAUCAGCAGGAAACAUAAACACAACUGCUUUUGCAUUCAUGAAGUUGUAAGUGGUCUGAGACAACCUGUUGGAGCAGUACACUCUGGAGAUGGAUCACAGCGACUCUUCAUUCUUGAGAAGGAGGGAUAUGUAAAGAUUUUCACACCUGAAGGGGAAAUAAUCAAGGAACCAUUCCUAGACAUACACAAACUUGUUCAAAGUGGAAUAAAGGGUGGAGAUGAAAGAGGUCUCUUAAGCCUUGCAUUCCAUCCCAAUUAUAAAAAAACCGGAAAGCUUUAUGUGUCCUAUACCACCAACCAAGAGCGAUGGGCCAUUGGCCCACAUGAUCAUAUCCUUAGGGUUGUAGAGUACACCGUUUCCAGGAAAAAUCCACACCAAGUUGAUACGAGAACAGCAAGAGGUUUCUUAGAAGUUGCAGAGUUACAUAGAAAACAUCUUGGAGGACAGUUACUCUUUGGACCUGAUGGAUUUUUAUACGUAUUCCUUGGUGACGGGAUGAUCACAAUAGAUGAUAUGGAAGAGAUGGAUGGUCUAAGUGAUUUUACAGGUUCUGUGUUGCGCCUGGAUGUAGACACUGAUUUCUGCCAUGUGCCUUAUUCCAUACCACAAAGCAACCCACAUUUUAACAGCACCAAUCAGCCACCUGAAAUUUUUGCCCAUGGACUCCACAAUCCAGGCAGGUGUGCUGUGGAUCGCCAACCAACAGAUGUCAAUAUUAAUUUAACAAUACUUUGUUCAGACUCCAAUGGGAAGAACAGAUCCUCAGCAAGAAUCCUUCAGAUAAUCAAAGGGAAAGAUUAUGAAAGUGAGCCUUCGCUUUUGGAAUUCAAACCAUUCAGCAGCGGACCAAUGAUUGGUGGAUUCAUAUACCGAGGCUGCCAGUCUGAAAGACUAUAUGGAAGUUAUGUAUUUGGGGAUCGCAAUGGAAAUUUUUUAACACUGCAACAAAGUCCCACGACCAAACAAUGGCAAGAGAAACCACUCUGUCUGGGUAACAGUGGUUCUUGUAGAGGUUUCUUUUCGGGACAUAUCUUGGGAUUCGGUGAAGAUGAAUUAGGUGAGAUUUACAUCUUAGCUAGUACUAAAAGCAUGACACAGUCUCACAAUGGAAAACUCUAUAAAAUUGUUGACCCCAAAAGGCCCUUAGUCCCAGAAGAAUGCAAAAGAAGAGCUCUUCCCACACAGAUAUUGACAUCUGAAUGCUCAAGGCAUUGUCGAAAUGGGCACUGCACUCCCACUGGAAAAUGCUGCUGUAAUCAAGGCUGGGAAGGCGAGUUCUGCAGAACUGCAAAAUGCGAUCCAGCUUGUCGACAUGGAGGCGUCUGCAUACGACCAAACAAGUGUUUGUGUAAAAAAGGAUAUCUUGGUGCUCAGUGUGAACAAGUGGAUAGAAACAUCCGAAGAGUGACAAGGGCAGAAAAGUCUUCCCACACAGAGAGAAGGGAAGAGCAAGUGUGCCCUUCGUCCCACAGUUCAUCAAACACCUGUUCCUAUGCCAAUAGUGUGCAAUGUUUUAAGCAAUGCAGCUUGACACUUUAACCAAACAUUCCCAGACUUCUGCAAAGGGAAUGCCUAUAAAGUGAAUUCUUCAAUUACUAAGUAAGAUCAAGCAAUUUCAUAAAUUUUAGUACAGCUGUAGGUUGUAAGAAAAAUGCAAUAGAUAACCUGUUCUUGUCCAAAUUAAUCUGUUAUAGAGACAGCAAAAGGAAACAUGGUCUACACUUGGCAUCCACCUAUCAUUACUCUUGGGUUUCAAGUGACCUCCUGACAAAUGGCAUUUGGUUGAGAAAUCUUGGUCGAGUGCUUAGUGAACAAUGGUCUGCAUUAAAAAGUGCAUGCAUAAUUUUGCACAAUGUACAUCCAACUGACACUCUAUUCAGAAAGGGUUCAGGAUUAAAUGAGCAUGGAGACCAAAGUACCCUCUUACCCCAGAAAAGGGUGGUCUCUUCCCGCCAUACCAGCACCUCAUUGGCUAAGCAGUGUGACAAAUCUUGCAAUGAACCUUGCAAUAGUCUGCAUCUGUAGGUUAAUAGCAGCCUUUUGUCUCCAUUGCUUUCUCCCUUUAGUCUUGUUACUGAAUCACAUCACAAAAAGUUUUACCAUUAAAAAAAAUGUCCUGGCAACCAUUUUUGUACAUUGACCUUACCAUCUAAUCUUCUCUUAUUCAAUGUGGGGAUAACAUUAACAAAAUGUGAACCUCUAGAGAAUAAGACAGCUGUCUAAAUCUAUCAAAUAGUGCCAUUUUACAGCAUUUUAUACUGUUCAUAGCUUUGGCAGAAUAAGAAUAAAAUUCCCACAACAUUUACAAGCAAUUCACAUGUAGAGUUUUAAAUAGCUGGUAUAUCCUUGCAAGCCUGAGGAAUGGAGCAGCUAGAGAGGGCAUUUAUCUCCAUAUUAACAAAAAGUUAUAUAAUUCAAGCAAAUAGUUUCAGUGCCUAAGCUUUUCAGUCAUUUUAAACAAUUCGGGGCUUAUUGCAGUAAUAAGAACCCAACAUACCAUUGUCUCAGAAGUUUAAAGCUUUAAAUUAAGGACAUAUAUCAAGUAACAUAUGUUGAUUCAGCAUGAGCAGAGGAAUACACAUAAUUGCAAUCACCAGAUCAUUUUGUUAGUGAUCAUGCAUAAAGAAAAACAAAAAAAUGAUGCCUUUAAUGAUAUCUAGUUGCAGUGCUAGUGUAAUUCCCUGUGAAAAUGGCAUAAUGGCCAUUUCGUGAUACUUAAUUGGAGUAGCAAGAAGUACAGCCCAACCUAAGGAAUUAAAAUACUAAAUUUUAAUAUAAAAUGUAUGUGCAUAUUUGAAUUACUAAAGAUAUAUUCCAUGCAUUGGAGACAGUCCUCUCCACUAGGCUCUCAAGAGUGCAUAAUUUAAUGUGAGAACUCUUCAGUGGAAAUUAAUUGUUCUCAGUAAAGUCACUGAAAAUCUCAGCUCAGCAAAUUUAUGCAGAGCACACCAAUUCUUGUAAAGGUUGGUGAAUAACGUUAAUCCUUCUCCCUCUUUAUGACCUGCCUUUUGAGACUGUUUUGUUUAACGUUUACAUUGAAAUCCUAUGUUGAAUUUAGUUUGACUUACCUCUGAGUAGAUAUAAAUAGAUAUAAAUUCCACUGUUUGUAAAAUAUACUACACAUUAAGUAAUACAUUUUUAAAAUUAUUUAUGUGACAAUUUCAUUGCUAAUUCAGCUCAAGGCACAGUUAGACCCUAAAAAUGUAGUUUACGAUAAGCCAUUUGCUUCCAGUCAAAAAGUGAAGUUGGCAGGGCAAUUAAUGUAUAUGAUUCCCCCCCCCAAAAAAAAACACCAAAACCACCCAACCUCCCCCCAGUUGUGCUUGUUUUUCCUUUGUCCAGAUUUAAUGAGGUUAUUAUGAAAUCAUACCAUUAUUUCCACAGCAAUAUAUUUUGGAAUGGGAACAGAAGACAUUUUUCAGGUUUCCCUGCUCUCAGAUAUGUCCCCUCUGCGUGAAUGCUGCAAGGAAUGUGUUUCUAUUUACUUUAUAACUUGGAUGAAUUGCAAUAAUUUAUACAUCAUGUUUUAACAAUGCAAAUAAGAAUAACACAAUUAUUUUCCCCUCUUAUGAUAAAUUUGCCAUUUUUAAAUAAUCAUACAGGCCAUUUACCAGUCUUUCUGAUCAUCUAAUACUUCUGUCUGUUUGUGUGUGCUAUCAAAUGUGCAUCGAUCAACUGGAGUAGUCAAAGGUAAGAGAAAUGCUUGGAAGCAGAGAGAUCUAGGUUGUAAUGGCUUCCAGAAUUAAGGACUGAAGCAGUACAACAUCAGCAUCUCUACUUCCAUUGAUUUCAUUUAUGACUGCUCAAGCCCUAGCAUUAAACUGAUGAGGCAGCAAAUUUGAUCUAGCAACACUGAAAAAUCCCAGUCUGGUCCUCCUAAACCUCAGAGGUAAGUUAUUUCUCUCUCUUGGAGAACACAGUACUGUGUGCCAUAAUAUCUAUUGAACACCUCCUAACUGGCCUCCUGCAAGUGUGGAAUAGGACUCUAAGCGACUGCUAGUUUCAGCUACCAGUCCAGCCAGCUUUGGUACGUGGAACAGAAGGGGGCACUUUUGUGUCUUUUGCUUCAGGCUGCAAUGGCUUUGGCAGGUCUUGCUCAAAGCCUCAUCAACUACAAUAUCUGUUGUUAUUAAGUAUGCAGGCCCCAAGAGUGCCAGGGUUUACCUGCUUCUGCUACAGUUGAUAGGAAUGAAGAAAGUAACAAUGGGUUUGUUCAUCACACAGUAACUCUCAGUGAGUUGUUCCAAUUUUGGAUCAUGUUCUGGGAGCAAUUCCAUCCCCUUGAGACCCUCAAUGCCUUCUAAUACCAUAAGCAAUCAUAAACCAGAAGCCUAGUCUGUCUCACUCGCAAAUGGUAUUUAUAGUACCAAAUCAUCAAAACAGCAACUCUAGGGUCUCAUGUAACUCUCAGCCUAAUUGUCUGUGGCCAUCCAUUCAGCCUUGAAGCAAGAGCAACCAGUCUUUCCUCUGGCACCUUUAUGGAUAAGAAAGUAGAAAUAGAGUUGAGGGGUAAUGGUGCAAAAAAGGGGGGCUAUCCCCAUCCACCUCAGAAGAAUGCAACCCUAAAUAGAGAGCAAAAGGUUUCUCUGGAGCUGCUAUAGCAUUAACAGAGUGCAGUUAUGAACUAAAAAACUGGUCAUGGAUUAGAAAAUGCAAGUCUGUUAAUUUCUUCAUCAUUGGAAAAAUGACUACAGUUCCCAUGGCAUGUGAAAAGCAAACAUACCAUACAGCUUCAAGUUUUCUAAGGUUCAGCUCUUUAGCCUCCCAAGCUUAAUUGUAAAUUUUUAAAUUUACUAUUGAAACUUCAAAAUACAAUAGAGACAAAGUAUAUCCCCUUAUCUGUAUAUGCAUAUAUAUGUGACAUGUAUAGUUGAAUAAUUUCAGUGGAGAUCUAAACAAGCAAAGAAAAUAAGCAUUCCUCAAUAGAAUAACAAGUGGUGACAAAACAGAUUCAUUCUGGUACUAACUCAGCCAACCUUACUCAGCAAAAUCCCCCUGAACCUGAUAAUUUAAAGGAUUAUAUUUACAAGAAGUAAAGGAUAUUUUUAUUAUUUAAAAUUUAAACUUUUAAAAACAAUGUACUAUUCUAGAAUUGUUUUUAAAUCAAACAUGUUUACAGAAAUCCUUAUUCUAUACAUCACAUGUCAUUGCACUGCUGCUAUAUACAGGCAUCCUAACAUUAUAAGCUAGAAGAUGGAAGGAAUUUGAUUCCACAAAAAAGAAGAAAGUGCCAUAUCUGAAGCCUUGCUUUUUGAUGCUGCACAAUAAAAUCUACCUAUUGUUAAUUGAUGUAACUUAACAUAUUAUUAUUUGUAUUUCUCCUACAAGUCUUCAUGCAUUGUCUAUUUGCAUAUAUAUUGACAAUAAAAAAAUCUACUUUUUAA